AUGCUAGAAGUCCAUUGCGUUGGAAGCCCAUUUGAGAUACAGAUUGGUCUUGAACAUGGCACAAAGGCAAAAUCUCAGAUCCAGAGCACCAUCGCAUUCUAUACCGGUCUUUUCCAACGAAAGUGCAACUUGACCUGGCAGGCGGCGUGCACUGAAGCCGAAAGGUUUGCGGCCCAUAUCCACGAGCAGUAUCCCCAUCUUGAAAAUGAGAUGCAGGGGAUCGCAAAGGGCGCGGAAACUGGGUACAAUGAAAUUCUGGCAUUGAAUGUCAGAUCGGAGCUGUUCUUUGGUGCUGCACUGGACGGAUGUACAAGUCUGUCAUGGAAGACUGACGAGGCAUCAUUUGUGGCGCAGAACUGGGAUUGGAUGGAGGAACAGAAGGAGAAUCUUGUUCUUCUCCAAAUUGAUCAAGUUGGCAAGCCCUCGAUCCAGAUGCUGACCGAGGCCGGGAUGAUUGGCAAAAUAGGACUCAAUUCAGCAGGUCUCGGGUUAUGCGUCAAUGCCAUACGAUGUCCUGGUAAUGAUGCGACACGUACUCCUAUCCACAUCAUGUGGCGUAUCGUCCUGGAAUGUACCUCAUUAGACUCGGCCCUUGAGGCAAUCGACGCUACCGGAUGCGCGAGCGCCUGCCAUAUGCUGAUUGCCGACCCAUCAGGCAGCAUAGGAGUGGAAGUCACACACCAGACGAUUGUCAGGCUCGAGCCAGAUUCGAAGGGACGAUUCUUCCACAGUAAUCACAUGCUGGAAACCCAUCCAGGGACAGAGAUGCUGUGGGUCGAAGACAGUCUGAGUCGUGUCGAGAGAAUUCGGCAAUUGGCGGACCAGAUGCAGGGCGAUGUUACCAAAGAGUCGAUUCAAGCUUUGCUUCGUGACGAAGACAAUUACCCGUGCUCGAUAAACAGGGCUCAGAAAGGCGAGAGUGACGCUGCCAGUGUAUUCAGCAUCAGCAUGAAUCUGACCACGGCUGAAGCCAGGGUGUUGUUGGGAAGGCCAAGUGAUCCUGAGAGGAUGUUCCUGCUUAGACCACGACAAGUGUCAUACAGGGGAUAA